UUGCGGUCUUUCAUCCUUUCAACUUGUAAUACCACCCGAAUAGAGCGGGCAUGGAAAUUGUAUUACAGCCUGUGCCAAAUCAACCCAGUCACAGAACGGAUAUGUUUGGAAGCAAAAGAUAUGAUUCUAGCGAUGUUAGAAACUCUAAACGACCGACUGUUUCCUAAUAUGCGCUCCAACGUCAGUAGAACUUUAUCAUGCAGCCAUAUAUUCACGUUAUGUGAUGAUUAUGAUAUGAAUGGAAGAAAGCUCAACAAAAAUGAGUGGAGCUGUAAGAGCUGUGAAAGCAUAUUAUAUGGUGGGAUAGAGGUGUUUAAAGCUCCUCUUAAGAAGAUCAACGAGGCCGCGGCCACAUACCUUUGUGGGGAUUCCCCAGAAUGCCGAACACAAGUGGCUCAAGUGUUCCACAUUGGCGGUGUUUUGGGGGAUGUCCUCAGGGAACAGAGAGACAUAGAAGAGGUAUGCCGCAGCGUUAUGGGCUGCAGAUAA